GUGUUAUACCAUGAAAUAGUAUCACACGCUCGAGUAGUAAGUGCCUGUAUAAGAGCUGCAUCUGAAAAGGAACAACAGAAAAAGCAGCAGCUACAGCAACAACAACAAUUACAGCACGAUUCAUAUAAUACAGAUGCUAGUUUAAUUGCGGAACAAACUAAUUCCUCACUUUCAUCAACAGACGAUACAACGACAACAACAGCAACAACUGCUACUAAUACCACCAACACUACAACUGCAACAACAUCAGGUGUUGUUUGUUCGGAUCAUCUAAUUAGUCCUAAUUCGGCAGCAGCUGCAGCCACAUCGGUAGCAUCAGGUCAUACCUCGAAAAAAUCGGAUAACAAUAAUUUAGAUCGUUUACAAAAUCGUUAUCAUUUGUUGUAUUUAAAAGCUUUCGAAGUACAACUUUGGUUGGAUGGUUUGCUGCGCAAGAAAAGUUCUUCGGUGGGCAAUUUAACUAAUGAGGAUUUAGAUAGUGAAGAUAUUGAUGAUUCAAUUGAUUAUUCCGACGAUUGUUUAGAUGAUGAUGGCCCCAAUCUUAAUCGCAAUGAAGAAGAUGGCGCCACUGAAGAUGAUUUAAAUGAUGUGGCUUCCGAUUUAGAAAGUGACAUAACACAUAAUUCAUUGUCAUAUAACGACAACGACGACAAUUUGCAACAACAGCAUAACUACAACAAUCACCAGCAGCAGCAACAACGUUUGCAACAUCAACAUAAGAAACAGAAACAGCAAAACAAACAACAAAAACAUCAACUUUGUCAUUCAAGUGACAUCGAUGAAAACCAAACGAUAAACGUGUCUUCUCAUCAUCAUCAUCCUCAACAGCAACAUCUUCAAUCUUCUUCUCGUGAUUGUAUUCAAACUAAGAUUGAUUGUGAAGACUGUGUUGACGAAGAAGACGACGACGUCGAAAUCGAAGAAGAAGCCGAAGACGGCGACGACGAAGACGAAAUUGAUAGUCCUAAUCAUAAAAAUCAAUUAGGUUAUACCAAACUCCUAGUCACAUUUGAUCGUUCUAGUGGACGAUCAUCGGCGGCUGCUCAACACAAAGCCAACGCUACCUUAACCGAUUUUGAGGCUGAUUCGGAAAGUUCCGAUCUAGAGACCAUACAACGUUGUAUGCGUUCCAGUAAUCAAAGAAAUACAACUAAAGCCCACCAUUACACACCCAUGUCAUAUAAGUUUUUAGGAAAUAACGCUGGAAGUUUGAUAACUGGUCAUAGCAACAAACGUUCAACAAUUUGUGGCAGUGUAACAAAUUUAAAUUUAGCUGCUGCUGUCAUUAAUAAUGCUAGUGAACUAGAAAGUUGUGAAAUAGAUGAUGACAUGCAAACUACGGCAGCAACAGCAGUAUCAACAAUAACGGCCCACACUAUUAAAUGAACACUUGCAGCAAAAACAUCUACAGCAACAUUUAAAACAUCAACAUCAACAACAAC